AUGGCUGUUCUUUCUAAAUUUAGUGAAGGAUCAUCUUCUUUUACUAAUGAUUAUAAAUAUGAUGUAUUUUUAAGUUUUCGGGGUGUUGAUACUCGAUAUGGUUUCACUGAUCAUCUCCAUAAGGCCCUCCUUGGUGCCAAUAUCUCUACCUUUUUGGAUGCUGAGGAGAUUGAAACCGGACAAGAUCUGAAACCGGAAAUGGAGAGUGCGAUUAAAGAAUCCAGGGCUUCUAUUAUAGUGUUGUCAAAGAAUUAUGCUAAUUCAUCAUGGUGCCUUAAUGAAUUAGUACUGAUCCUUGAACAACGUAUGGCAUGCAACCAUAUAGUCAUCCCCAUUUUUUAUGAUGUUGAGCCCACCCAUAUUAAGAAGCAAGAAAGUACCUUUGGAGUGCAAUGGCUGAGCACAAACGCAAGAUGGGGGCGGAGACAAAUGCAAAUAAAAAGAAUUCAAUGGGGUCAAAAGAUUGAUGGAUGGAUUCAAGCGCUUGCUGAAGUUGCUGAUAUAAAAGGGGAGAAUGCAAAAGGCAGUUGUAUUGAAGAUAUUAGUAAGAGAUGUGCAAACAAGUUCAAUGGGUUGCUUGAUUUGCAAGAACAACUUUUCACUGACAUUUCAAAAAGGGCUUCAGUGCAAGUUCAUGAUAUUUUUGCAUAUACGUCAAAGAUAGAAAAUGCAAUAGCCCGUAAAAGAAUGUUUUUAGUUCUUGAUGAUAUUGAUAGUCUUGACCAGUUGGAUGCAUUGCUUGGAAAAAAGGUUUUCAUCCAGGAUGCAAAGUCAUAA